AUGGCUGAUCCAGACCGGGAAGUCGAUAAUAUCGCUGGUGUCAGGCAGCAGGUACACCAGUACUGGUAUGAAGCCAUUAUGGAGCAGCUGGGUCCAGAGAUUAGACAUCAUCAGGCGGAACUGGAGACCGGCAGAUCGGCUGAUGCACUGCGAAGGGUAGGUGGAGCUACAAGCCGUGGUGAAGGCAAUCCACCUAGGAUUCCCUGUUCUCGAUAUAAAGAGGACCCUAAAGAAUUGGCAGCCAGAGGUGGCUACACUGCAACAAACGUCGAAGUAAUAACAGAAGAUGGUUACAGCCUUUGGAUGCACAGGAUAGGCAAUAAUAACGGUCCUCCAGUUUUAUUCCAACACGGUAUAUUUGUCACAAGUGAAUCCUGGAUAUUACGAGGAAGGAAAAAAGAUCUUGGUACGACAGUGUUCUUGGCAAUGACCUCCUCGAGGCCUGAGUACAACUCCAAGGUACGAGCUGCAGUUCUCCUGUCGCCUGUUGCAUUUCCUCCCACGUUAGAGGAGAUGUCGCCUCUUUUUCAGAUGCUGUUGAAAAAUGCAAACGUGAUCUAUAGAGGUUUAGUUCUAAUGGCUCAGCAUUAUUUCGUUUUGCGAACACCAGAUAGGAUCAAAUCCCUCAAACUUUUAUGCGGCGAACAAUCCGCAAUGCAAACUCUGUGCAUGGAUUUAUUGGGAAUAUUUGCAGGUGAACACAAGUCUAAUUUAGAUAAGUCAAUAAAGAGGCUUUCCGAUUCCUUACCGAAUGUGAUAUUUUCUAAACCAGUGCCGGAUCCUUUAUUCACCCACCUCGACAUGCUUCUGGGAUUGAAUAGUGGCAGAGUUUUAUAUCCUGAUAUUAUUAAUUUAUUUAAAUCUCUGUGGUUCACGAGGUGAUUGCAUCAUCCUACUUGUGGUGCGAUACCGUCGCUAAAGCUGAGAGCGACACAUGAAGACUGCCUCAUUAAAAACGAUUCGUUACGUUUUUGGAGGAUAAUUUAUGAUAAGGAUUUUAAUUUUAAUUAUUUAUUUCGUUAUAUUAUUUUAUAUAAGAAAGAGGGAAACAUUACACUGUAAAUGCGUUUCGAUAGUAGGAAUAUUCUCUAUAAGUAGUGGUAGUAAGAACAAUUUCAGGUACAGAGUCGCUAUUAGCUGAGCUUUGGUUCAAUGCAAAGUCAGUAGCUCUCUUCUGUUCAGUAUUUCGUUCUUGUUUUAUUUGUGUAAUAAUAUUAAUAUCGUCCAUACAAUGGCAAACUAUCGAAUCUGAAAAUCUCCACUCUAAUUCCUAUAAUAAUUUAAUUUCCAUACGAAUGUCUGCUUUUAUGAAUGUUUGAAGAUUUUGUAAUCGCUGUUUAAAAAUAUUUAAUUACAAUUACAAUCAUUAGAAUGCAGGAUUGAAAAAAUUGCAUUUUUUAUAUUCGAUAGUUUGCAGUUGUAUCGACGAUAUGCCUUAAUAGUUAUUAAAUAACAUUUUACAAAAUUAAAUAUCUAGAUGUUUAUUUUAAUAAAUGGGUAUUUUCCCUCUGUAAUAUCAAAACAUUUUACUCUUUCAUUAUUUCUAACAUACAUAUAAUAUAUUUUGGGUUAUCGUGCUGCAUUUCACGAGUUGAUUCAUCAACAAUGAUUGAAAUUCGUGUGUAUUUGAAAGCUUUAAUCCAACACAAGUGUAUUGAUUUUCUUGUUAUUGAUUUUCGCAAUAAACCAAAGAUGUUUUAAAGCUAUGAAAUAGAAAUUGUCUCCCAUAGAGUAAGCCUGUAUGUUUAUGGCCAUUCUUCCUAUAGCCUGAAAUAAUUAAUUAUGUUACCAUAAUUAGAGUAUUAUAUUAAUUAUAAUAUAAUAUUGUUAAGUAUGCUGAAGGAUUCUUGCUGUGAUAAAAUUUAGUAUAAUGUUAUCUUAAAUUAAUAAACAAUUUUAAGGAUAGUCAAAUAUUUGGUAUUUUAUAGUUAAUAAUUUUCAAUAAACAACCAUGCUAAUUAAUAUAGUAUUAAUACACUAAUACAAAAAAAAAAAUCCCUUUCCCUCAAUAUUUUAAAGGAAUCCAUCCG